GUCCCUCCCCGGAAGUGUUAAACGCGCACGCACUUUGUGCUUGUAAACAGAAGCUCCCACGUGACACAGAGAACAACACAGCAGAGCAAUCCGGGUCGCGCGACCGUGUUGUCUGAACGGACAAAGGAGCGAACCGCGAGCCGGAGCUUUGUCCAGGAUGGCGGCCAGGUGUCCUGGCAAGAGACGUUACGUGCCGAAAAACGAAGCCAAGUUUUUCCUCCUUUAAAAAAUCCAGGUCUGUGAAUCUUUUGGCAGCUCGAGCCUUAUGUCUGAACCGCAAACCUCCGAGCUCGGUGGGAUAAAAUUGUUUACUGCGUUUUUGGCUACCCUCACGCGGAGCUUUACCGAACUGUUACCGAACCUCGAGCUCCAUCGCUAGCAUUAGCUUUUAGCCUCUACGUCAGAGCCUAAUUUAAUCCCCGAACAAACGGUCAUCUGUGUGGGGGGGUUUAUCGGUGCCUGGAUGAGAUGUCAUUCGCCAUGGAGGAUAAUUUAGAGUCCGGAUGGGUGUCGGUCCGACCCCGAGUCUUCGACGAGAAAGAGAGACAUAAAUUUGUUUUCAUCGUGGCCUGGAAUGACAUCGAGGGAAAGUUCGCCAUAACCUGCCACAAUAGAACCGUCCAGAGACGGAGCGCGUUCCUGGACUUGGACUGCAGCCCCCCAGCGUCAACUAAAACUCCGAUCAAAGCUGAAACACGCCAAGCUGUUAGAUUUAAACCCACAGGAGACACGAAUGCUCUAAAAGAUGAUGGCUUAAAGACAUUCGAGUGCGUCAGUCACACGUUAGGCUCCUGGAAUAUCGUGACGCCGAAGGAUGUGGAAAUCCUGGACUCUGUCCCAUCGUCUCCUGAGGACCCGGCAGAGGGGGAGGUCAGCCUCCGGGAGGACUUCAGCUGGGCCGGCCUGUUCUCCUUCCAGGACCUGCGGGCGGCCCAUCAGCAGCUGUGCGCCGUCAACUCAGACCUGGAGCCCUGCUUGCCCCUUUUCCCGGAGGAGCAGUCCGGCGUGUGGACGGUGCUGUUCGGGGCUCCGGGGAUGACGCAGCGGGAGACGGAUGCUCUGUGCUACCAGCUGCAGGUGUACCUGGGUCAUGCUCUGGACGCCUGCGGCUGGAAGAUCCUCUCCCAGGUGCUUUUCUCCGAGGGCGACGACGCGGAGGAGGAGGAGUACUACGAGAGCCUGAGUGAGCUGAGGCAGAAAGGCUACGAGGACGCACAGGAGGCGGCCAAAAGGCGCAUGCAGGAGGUGUUGGACAAGCACAAGGCCAUUGACAGCAUGGUGGAGCUGCUGCAGGUGUACCCGGAGGAGGACGAGGCGUACGGAGAGCUGCUCGAGGCCACCACCCAGCUCUACCACUACCUGCUUCAGCCUUUCAGGGACAUCAGGGAAGUGGCCACUCUACGGCGACAGCAAAUUAAGAUCUGCCUGGAGACGGAGCGCCUCGGCCCCCGUCGCGUGGAAAGCCUGAGGAAAGAAGACGAGGAGUGGCAAAGGAAGGCUCACGCUGCCGUGCUCUCCAUCCAAGAGCUGACGGUGAAGUUCUUUGAAACCACAACCCGAGCUCAGAAAGCUCUGUAUGAGCGGAUGCGUGCAGACCAGAGGAAGUUUGGGAAGUCGACGUGGGCCGCGGCCAUCGAGCGCAUGGAGCGGCUGCAGUACGCCGUUUCCAAGGAGACCCUACAGCUCAUGAGGGCCAAAGAAAUCUGCCUGGAGCAGAAGAAGCAUGGCUUGAAGGAAGAGAUGCAGAGUCUGCAGGGCGGGGAGGAUGCAAUGAAGCGCCUAGACCAGCUGGAGGCGCUUUACUACGAGCUGCAGCUGCAGCUGUACGACAUUCAGGCCGAGGUGCUGCGCUGCGAGGAGCUGCUGCUGACUGCGCAGCUGCAGAGUCUGCGCAGGCAGAUGAUGGAGCAACAGGAUGAGGUGGUUUACUAUGAUGCUUUUGAGAGUCCAGAUGCCAUGAAGGGUGAGGAAGAACCUGCCUCCCCACCGUCGCCCCUCAAAGAUGAAGAGCUGUGCGUCCUGCAGCAGAGGACGCGGCAACUGGAGGCCCGGAGGGGCCGCAUCACCGCCAAAAAAGUCUACCUCAAAAACAAGAAGGAAAUCUGCAUCUUUAAUCACAACCAGAAAAUCCAGCAGCGCCAAGGAAGCAAUGCAGACUGCAGCUCUCUGCAGCAGGGGGGAGAAGCUGCACAAGAUGAUGAAGCAAAGAGAAAUGCAUCUGUGAGUCAGGAGAGGCAGAGGACUCUGGACAGACUUCGCAGCCUGAAACAGCGUUACCCGGGUCAGACUCUGAGGUCCAGCCGUCUGCGUCUGACUCAGACUCACAGCCGGAGGCGAGCGCCGCCGCCGCAGCACAGCACCCAGGCGGUCAGCGUCCAAACCGACUCCAUCUCCGACCUCCCGGAACUCUCCGCUCCGCCUCCCCCGGACGUCUACAGCUGCGACGGCGCCUCGCUGCCAUCCAUCGCCAUCCAGAGCGUCGAAGCUCCGCCUUCAUUCCUCUCGCUGCCUCCCCUCUCAUCGUCUCCUUCCCCGUUCCCAAUGGGGCCCUCUGUCGCACCUCCUCCUCCUCCACCUCCGCCGCCUCCCCCACCUCCUCUGUCGCUCCCUCCCAUAGAGAACCAAACCACCAGCCCUACGAAGCAGCAAACGUGUGAGGUCUCGGAGUGCACCUCGCUGCCGCUGGCUCCGUUCUCCCCUCGGUUCUUUGACAGCAGCCAGCUGCUGACUGCGAGGAAGAAGCUGAGGAAGACGGCGUCUCUGGACUCCUCACAGUGGAGGAAAGCGAGCUCGCCGAUGGACGAGGUGUUAGCUUCGCUCAAACGGGGCAGCUUCCACCUGAGGAAGGCCGAGCUGCGGGUCCUCGGCCCCGACCCGGACGACGACAGCAACAACAUCCUGGCUCAGAUCCGACAGGGCGUCCGCCUGAAGAAGGUCCGCACCCGACCGGAGCAACAGCGCCACCCCAAGAGCUUCCUGCACUCGGCCGACGCCCUGACCCGCAGCAUCCACGAGGCUCUGAGGAGAAUCAAAGAAGCUUCUCCCGAGUCGGAGUCUGAAGACGAAGGCCUUCCCUGCACUGACUGGGAAAACUGAGGCGCUUUAAGGGAAGAGAUUUAAAUGUUUUGUUUUUAUACCUUUUCUGUGCAGCCAAAUCAAAGAGGAAACGAAGAGCUGGAGAAGCAGACAAGCCGGGGUUUCCCGAAGGCACCUCGGUGCUGUCAGAACAAAACAAAUCAGCCGUGUUUUCCUUUUGUACUCGUGUUUGUAAAGAAAACGAUUCAUUUUGAACGCGUUGCUGCCGCGGCCUUGACAAAGGCCGCAACCUCUGACCUCCUGUUACAUCAGAGUCGUACUGUAGCUCGUUGUGAUGGGUUUGUUAGCAGAAGGAAACCUCUCUGCUGUGAACAUUUAUUCUACGCCAGCUUCUCACUGAAAACACUGUAUAGUUUAAACUUUGGUGAUGGAAGCAUCAUCAAUCGCUCUUUUUUGUACACUUAGAUAUAUGCAACCCCUCCCACUAAUUGAAGUGGCUUUAAAUUGAUAAUUUUUUGUAGUUAUUGCCUUUAGGGAAGGUAUCUCUGCUCUGCCUGAGCUUACAGCCGGCAAAUAGUGCACAGAUUUAAAUCAUCAUAUGAACCUGUGAAGGAAAAUCACAUGCCGUUUAUGCCAGGUCAGUAUUUUGAUAAAAUACCUUCAUCUCAAAGAUGAGGGUGUAACUGAUUUUACUGCCAUAUGAGUUAAAAGAUAUAUUUACUGUACCGUUUACUCAUCAGCUCAGUUGGUGGUGACCUUCACUGGAGAGCAGACGGAGUAUUUCAGGUUUAGAGAACACGUCUGGUGUGGAUGCAGGUCAAUAAAUCUAGAUUAUCCAGCCAGAGAUUAUUUGACAUGGAUUAAUAAUUGUUUAGAGCACAAUUUUUUUAUCUUCUGACACCCGUUUUGUUGGGACAUUACUGCCCUCUGGUGGCUGGGAGUCGCAUCUUUGCUCAUUACGCACUGCAAAACAAUCUAAAAAAAUAAACAUUUCUUAGAUAAAGUGCAUUUAACCUUAAUUUGAGCAAGUAGAUAAGACGAUUUGCCAAUUGACUAAAUAUAUUUACUCUUAAAAUAAGAUAAUUAGAUAAUAUGCACCUGAAAUGAUAC